AUGUGGCGGCCUCCCAUCAACUACGUGAUACUUCAUUACACCUGGAUCUUGUUUUGCUGUCUUUUGGCAUUCCUGAUCCUCUCCCCGGAGGGAAAUUUACAAGCCAUCGAUGCCUUCUUCUUCGCCUGCAGUGCGAACACCGAGUCUGGUGUGGACGUCAAAGACCUCAAGACGUACCAACAGCUCGUCUUGUAUUUCUUCCCUAUUGUCACUAAUCUGGGAUUUGUCAACAUCGCUGUCGUCGUCGUCCGUUUGUAUUGGUUUCGGAAGCAGCUGAAGCGAAUUGAUCCGUCUCUUCUGAAACCGUCCCAUACGAAGAGACGUCUUUCCGAUGGCGCGGACAGCAUCGCCGACCCCGAACAUGCAGUGGACCACCUCGACGCGAAAGCUGAAGAAGUCAUUGUGACGCCAAAAGACAAUCUCUUUCCUUCGGAGAAAGAUGGCAACACAUACAGUGACCCUCAAAGCAUUUCCUGGGCUACGGAUACUCGGGAAGCGCCCAUACAUCGCAGGACACUUCCUCAAGCGGACAAUGACGACACCGAUGAGAUUACUGUUGCGGCCGAUUCUCGAUCUCCACGUGCUCCACCCCUUCGAAGGACGUCUACGGCACGGAGCUUGACACAAAGCAUGACCGUCGGUCGCAUCGCUUCAUCCAUGUUCAUCAUAGGCGAAAGUUCGGAGAGUAGGAGCCGUAGAACGUCACGCAGUCCUUCGCGAUCAUUGGCACCUAGCAAGGACUCUCGAAGAUCGACUGUUUCCGUUGACUGGGACGCGAUUGGAGGAAUCGAGUAUCGGAGUUUGAAGUUGCUGUUGAAGAUUGUGAUUGGUUACUUUGUCGGCAUUCAUCUCUUUGGAGUGAUUUGUCUCAUUCCAUGGAUCCAUAAUGCGCCGAGCAAGUAUACCGACUACCUCAAGACACAAGGACAGAACAAGACUUGGUGGGCCAUCUACUCAUCUCAAACCAUGGUAUCAAACUUAGGCUUCACCUUGACGGCCGACUCGAUGAUCUCCUUUGCAGAUGCAACAUGGCCGAUGCUGGUGCUGUCCUUCCUAGCCUAUGCAGGUAACACCUGCUAUCCAGUCUUCCUCCGUCUCCUCAUCGUCACCAUGAGGAAGAUCGUUCCCAAACGAAGUGCGAUGCAGGAACCUCUAACAUACCUCCUGGAUCACCCCCGACGCUGCUAUACCCUCCUCUUCCCUCGAGGCACAACCUGGGCUCUAUUCGGCAUUGUCUUCGUCAUGAACCUCACCGACGUAGUCCUCAUCAUAAUCUUGGAUCUCAAAAAUACAGCAGUCAACUACCUCCCUCCAGGCCCCCGAGUCCUCGCUGCAAUUUUCCAAUCCGCAUCCGCCCGCCACACCGGAACUGCAUCCUUCAAUCUCGCGAGCGUCAACCCCGCGGUACAAUUCAGUCUACUGGUCAUGAUGUACAUUGCUGUAUUCCCCCUCGCCAUCAGCACACGUACCAGCAACGUCUACGAUGAUCGUCCAGUGGGAAUGAUGAAAGCCGACGCGGCCGUCUACGAUGGACAGUCCCCGGGAGCAUAUCUGAUGAACCACCUACGCAACCAGCUCAGCUUCGAUCUAUGGUAUAUCUUCCUAGGCAUCUUCUGUCUAUGUGUGAAUGAAUCCUCACGCAUCGCCGAUAAUGCAGACCCGGCCUUUUCCGUCUUCGCCAUGUUUUUCGAGGUCGUCUCGGCAUAUGGUAAUGUUGGACUGAGUCUGGGAUAUCCUGGUAUGAAUUAUAGUUUGUCGGGGGAGUUUAAGAUUUUCAGCAAGCUGGUUAUUUGCGCCAUGAUGAUUCGUGGUCGCCAUCGUGGUUUGCCGUAUACGCUGGAUCGGGCGAUUGUUUUGCCGGAGCAGCCGGAGCGGGAGGAGCAGCGGGAUGAGAAGCUGGCGGUACCGUCGGGGUAUCGUAUGAAAAAGUACAAUACGACGUGA